AUGUCGUCGAUGAGGAACGCCGUGCAGCGGCGCGUGCACCGCGAGCGCGCGCAGCCGCACGAGCGGGAGCGCCUGGGGCUGCUUGAGAAGCACAAGGACUACUCGCUGCGCGCGAAGGACUACAGCCGGAAGAAGGCGCAGCUGCGGGCGCUGCGGCGCAAGGCGGCGGACCGGAACGAGGACGAGUUCUACUUCGGGAUGCUGUCGCGGCGGGGGCCGGCGGGCGCGGCGUCGGCGCUGGUGCGGCCGGGCGGCGACGGCGCGCGGCCCUCGAAGAAGUGGUCCGGCACCGUCGCCGGCGACCGCGGCGCCCGCGCCCUCGACGUCGACGCCGUCCGCCUCCUCAAGACCCAGGACCUCGCCUACGUCCGCACCGCCCGCAACGCCGCCGCCAAGCGCGUCCGCGGCCUCGAGGAGCGCGUCGCCGCGCUCGGCGGCGACCUAGACGACGACGACGACGACGACGACGACGACGAAGAGGACGAGGGGCCCACGCGCCCCCCGCGCGAGAGCGCCCGCGCCCCCCGCAAGAUCGUCUUCGCCGACGCUCCCGCCGAGCGCGACGCGAUGCUCCGCGCGCGCCGCGAGCCCGACGCAGACGGCGAGGACGGCGCCGGCGCCGCUAGCCCCGCGGACGCCCCAGCGGCGGCGGAGAAGGAGAGCGGCCCGGCCCGCCGCGCCCCGCUGCUGCAGCAGAAGAAGCACCUCGCGCGGCUGCGGCGGCAGCUGCAGGCGGCGCGCCGCAAGCUGCGCACGCUCGCCCGCGCCGAGCAGGCCCUCGAGGUCCAGCGCGCCAAGAUGGCCAAGACCCCGACCGCCAUGACCGGCGUCACCAAGGCCGGCAACAAGUUCAAGGUGCGCGAGCGCAAGAGGUGA